AUGGAUUGGAAUAUUGUAGUUGAUGGUGGUGGUACUAAGACUGCUGUAAUACUAGGCAAUAAGGAUGUUCAGUUCAAAGGUCUUAGUGGAUCUUCCAAUGUGUUUACUUUAUCCCUGGAAGCUGUGGUAGAUACAGUCAAAUCUGCCAUUGAAGAUGCUUUAAACAAGAGAAAUCUUCAAUAUAAAGAUGUUUUGACUUUACAACAAGUUAAGCACAUUAAUAUAGGAUUAGCUGGUGCUCUGUCUGUACUGAAAGAGAAAUUGGAUCAUACAAAGAAGCUUUUUAAACAAUGUUAUCAAAGUUCCACUGUGGAUUUAGUGAGUGAUGCUUUCUUAUUACCAUUGGCAUGUUCGAUCCACAGUAAAUAUUAUAUUACACUUAUAGCUGGAACAGGUUCAUCAUCUAUGUGUUUUGAAAGAGGAACGGAAUUGAAAUUCUUAGGUAGAUCUGGAGGUUGGGGACCACAUUUUGGUGAUAAUGGUGGUGGUUAUUCUAUAGGCAGAGAAUUGAUUGUUUCCACAUUGAAACAUAUUGAUGAAUAUAACGUCAUCAAACCUUUCAAACCCCAAUAUCAAAUGAAAUCUAUUCACAAACAAGUUUUACAUCAAAUCGUAGGUCACCAUACUACCAACUUGUCAGAGUUCUUAACAGCUUUGAAGAAAUUCGAAGAUUCUUCCAUUUUGGGUGAUAGUAGAAAACAAAUAGCUUCAUUAACCAAGAUCAUUUUCGAAGAAUUAGAGAAUGAUGAUGGAAGUGAGGUGGUAGCCAAAGAGAUUCUCAUUAAAGAAAGUCAAAGUUUAGUGGAUAUCAUCAAACCUUUCUGUAACAUAGUUGACGAUAAUACUACCUUGAUCUUAAGCGGGUCAUUAUUCUCUUUGAAACCAUACAAAGACUAUUUUUUCGAAAAUUUGGUCCAAUCAAAUAUCAAGUUCCCUACUGAAAUCGUGCUUGACCCAGCUUCUACAGCAUUGCAAAAUAUGUAA